AUGGGUUCAAUGGAGUCGUUGCUCUGCAUUGCUAGCAUCCUCUGUUUUCUGACUGCUGCUCACGCCAGAAUCCCCGGAGUUUACACCGGCGGCCCCUGGCAAGGCGCCCACGCCACAUUUUACGGCGGUAGCGACGCUUCCGGCACUAUGGGCGGUGCUUGUGGUUAUGGGAAUCUGUACAGCCAAGGGUACGGAGUGAACACUGCAGCACUUAGCACAGCUCUAUUCAACAAUGGUUUGAGCUGUGGAGCCUGCUUUGAGAUAAAAUGUGCUGCGGACCAGGAUCCCAAAUGGUGCAACCGCGGCAGCCCCUCAAUUUUGGUAACUGCCACGAAUUUCUGCCCACCAAACUUUGCUUUGCCUAAUGACAAUGGCGGGUGGUGCAACCCUCCUAGAACACACUUCGACCUUGCCAUGCCUAUGUUCCUCAAGAUCGCUGAAUACCGUGCCGGCAUUGUCCCUGUCAACUUCCGCCGGGUACCAUGCAGAAAGCACGGGGGGAUCAGGUUCACAAUCAACGGUUUCCGUUACUUCAACUUGGUUUUGGUCACUAACGUCGCGGGUGCUGGAGAUAUAGUGCGGGUUAGCAUCAAAGGUGCCAACACUCAAUGGAUGCCGAUGAGCCGUAACUGGGGACAAAACUGGCAAUCCAACGCAGUCCUUGUGGGUCAGGCCUUGUCGUUCAGGGUCACGGCUAGCGACCGUCGCUCAUCGACCUCUCGGAACAUUGCACCUCCCAAUUGGCAAUUUGGACAGACCUUCACUGGCAAGAAUUUCAGGGUUUAA